AUGGAGCCGAAGCAUAAAGAGUUGUUACACCAGUGCCACCAGAACUUACUGGAGUCCAUCACGGAUGCAGACCAGCUGAUCGAGCUGCUGAGCAAAUCGGGGACCCUCAGCGAUCGGGAGAGGUUCGAGCUGGAUCAGAACUGCCCGUCCAGCUCAGAGAAAGUGGACCAGCUUUUGAAGAUGCUGAUGAGCAAGGAGAGCGACCAUUUCCUGGACCUGUGUGUGGCACUGGAGAAAACCUACCCUCACCUGUACUCUGCCCUGUUCACCAACGGCGGAGGACCCGCUGACCACUCGGGGUCCACCUACAGUGUCCUGUCCACUAUGCCAUCAGAUUCCGAGAGCAGCAGUUCCCUCAGCAGUGUGGGUACCAAAGCCUCAUCACCUCCACCUGCGCUCAAUGACAACCGGCCAGCCAGUGAGAACCUGGACACCAUCCUGUUCCAGCUGAGACAGGUGACCAGGGAACGGGACGAGCUCCGAAAACGCCUUGCUCUCGCGUCUCCAGGCACCACCUUCGAUGACUGCAGGCCAAAUUCCAAAGCUGGUCAUGAUUACGAGAGGCUCAAGACGCAAUGCAUGAAGGCCAUGGCGGACCUGCAGUCUCUGCAGAACCAGCACACCAAGACCCUGAAGAGAUGUGAGGAGGCCGUGAAGGAAGCUGACUUCUACCACAUGCUGCACAGUCGUCUCCUGAGUGAUCAGUCUCAGCUGAAGGAGGAGAUGGAGGUGAUGAGGAGAGAGAAUGCUCAGCUUGUAAGAGAGCACAACCAUCUGAAACAGAGCUGUGAAGAGCUCAAGAGACUUCACUCGGAGGACCAGAAAGAGGUGGCUGAUAUGAGACUGCAGCAACAACAGGUCAUUAGAGAGAAUGGAUCAUCAGAGGUUCUGAAGCUCUAUGACACAGCCAUGGAUAAGCUGGAGGGGCUGAAGAAAGAGUACGACAGCUUGAGCAAACGGUAUAGCGAAAAGGUAGCCAAUCACAACACGGACCUGAGUCGACUGGAGCAGGCAGAGGAGGAGAACAGGCGGCUGCAGAAACAGCUUGAAACUUUGAUAAAGCAGAGAGACACGGCCAUCCACUAUCAGCAACAGUACUCCGCCUCAAUCCGGAGGUUUGAUUCAGUUCAGCAGGAGCUGAAUAAGACCUCUUCUCAGAAUAAGGAGCUACAGAGAGAGAUGGAGAGGCUGCAGUCGGAGGUGACACGCUAUAAGAACUUCCAGCUGAAGGCGGUGAAGGAUGCUGAGAAGUAUAAAGAGGAGCGGGACUCUGUGUUUAAUGAGUACAGGCUGAUCAUGAGUGAAAGGGACCAGGUGAUUAAAGAGGUGGACAAGCUGCAGACAGAGCUAGAGGCAGCCGAGGCUCGACUGAAAAACACCUCAUCGGAGAGGAUGGUGGCCAGCGAAGAGUUAGAAGCGCUCAGACAGGAGCUUAAUUCAUCGCUGGUGGAUCGAGACCGAGCCAUCUGUGAGCGGAACGAGCUGCUGGAGAAAUACUGCCAUGAAGUGAAGGACAAGGCGGAGGCGCAGAAAGAGCUGAGUCAGGCCUGUAAAGACAUUGAGACUGUGCGUGAAGAGCGAGACGUGGCCAGGAAAGAGAGAACUGAAGCCAUCAUCCAGAGGGACCAGCUACUGCGGGAGUACUACCAAGCCAGACAGAAACAAGACACAGCCACUUUGGACAUGGAGCGUGCCAAUAAGGAGAUUGAGGUGUUGAGGAAGCAGUGUGAGGCCAUGUCUCAGGAACUGAAGGAGGCUGUGCAGGAGGCUGAGGUUGCGAAGUGCCGCCGAGACUGGGCCUUCCAGGAAAGAGACAAGAUCGUGGCAGAAAGAGAAAGCAUCCGAACCCUGUGUGAUAACCUGCGCAGAGAAAGGGACCGUGCUGUUAGCGACCUGGCCGACGCCCUGCGCAACCUAGACGACAUGAGAAAACAGAAGAAUGAUGCUGCUCGGGAGCUGAAGGAGCUAAAGGAGAAGAUGGAGAGCCAGCUGGAGAAGGAGGCACGCUUCUGCCAGCUGAUAGCACAUAGCUCGCAUGAUUCAGCCAUAGACACAGACUCGCUGGAGUGGGAGACUGAAGUAGUGGAGUUUGAGAAGGACAGGGAUGACAUGGAUUUGAAGGCAUUGGGGUUUGAUAUCGCAGAGGGGGUGAAUGAUCCAUAUUUACCUGGGGAUUGUGGGAUUUUUGUGACCAGAGUGGACAAAGGAAGUAUCGCGGACGGAAGAUUAAGAGUGAAUGACUGGCUGCUGAAGAUAAAUGACAUAGACCUGACUAACAAAGACAGGAAGCAGGUCAUCAAAGCUGUGCUUAAUGGAGGAGGUGUGAUCAAUAUGGUGGUGCGCAGGAGAAAGUCUUUAGGUGGAAGACUAGUUACUCCUGUCCAUAUUAAUCUCAUCGGACACAAAGACAGCGGCAUUGGUCUGGAGGGUGGAGUUUAUGUGACGGCUAUAGCAGCAGGCAGCCCGGCUGCCAGAGAGGGCACUCUUACCAUUGGAGAUCGCCUAAUAGCUAUAAAUGGAAUCGCUGUGGAUAACAAAUCUGUGACGGAAUGUGAGGCUUUGCUGAGGGGCUGUAGGGAUUCGCUCAGCCUCUCCCUCAUGAAGUUCUUUCCCCAGAGUACAUCAGGACAGAACAUCUUUGAGACGCUGAGGGAGGCUGAGAAGUCCAACUGCAGAACACUCAUGUCUGAGGUUCACUCUCGCAACAGCAGGAACCUCAAACACAACAGCUCGACACAGACGGACAUCUACAGUAACGAGGCUGGAGGAGAGAGGAGGAAGGCCAGGGCUGAGUCAGAGGAAGGCGGAUUCUCAGAGAGGAAGUCGCCUUUCCCCAGCUCCACCCUGCACCCCAGCAGCCUCCGGCCAGCCUCAGAGCUGGGGGGCCGAUACAGCGGCAGUGCCUUCCAGGAGGUCUGCUACACCCGCGCCGAGUCCACCGGGCCUGAUUGCGUUGCCCUGGAGAUGGCGGCAGAUAAGAAGCACAGUGGUGGCACCUGGCCCAAGAUGGUGGUGGGAGUCGCCAUGACGACAGACAGUCCAGCACAGCUCUCCAUCUACAAAUCGCCCAAACAGCGGAAGUCCAUCUUUGACACAGAUACCUUCAAGAGGCCAGACACACCUUCCAAGACGGAGUACUUGGCUGGGCACUCGCCACAGCCCUCCAAGACAGAUACUACUGCAGCACCCCCCACCCCUCCUACCCGAAGUGACUCCUUCAAGUUUAAGCCCAAGCAACAGAGUGGCUCGGCCUCAGAUUCCACCAUCACUGAGCCCAAACGGGAGGACCGCAAUGGGAACCUGUACUUCACAGAAGGAAAAACACUGAGCUCCAGGAAGUCCUGUGAAGAGGACAUAGGGCGUGUGCGGGUGGAGGAGCCUGAAAUGAAGCGGCCAAGGCCUAAAUCAGCCCCAGCUCUCAGACGCAGGAUGACUCCUCAGUCCAUCCCCCUCCAGAGUUUUCAAAGCUACUCUAACGAUGGGGACUGUUUAGAGCAGCGGGAGGUGUUGCGCUCAUCUCCUAGCCGACCUCACAGACACAGCGUGGGUUUUGUUCCUACGGUCUAUAACGGAACUCUGCCACCCAACUCUGUGCAUCGUGGUCUUGCCCCGUGCACAGCAGUGACAGCCGUCAUGAGGAACCCUGUUUACACUGUCCGCAGCCACAGAGUGCAUACCAGCAACUGCCCCUCUGUCGCCAGCCAAAUCUGCCAUCAGCACACGCAUACCAGUCCCCAGCAUCAAGGGCGUCUGAGUCUGGACCUUAGCCAGCAGAAGCGUUCUGCUGAGUACUCGGACUCCUCCCGCAGCAGCCGAGCUUCUCAUGGCACCAACUCGCUGCCGUCCAGUGCCAGACUCGGUUCAUCCAAUAAUGUACAGUAUCGCACAGAAAGGAUAAAAAUCCCCUCCACACCCCGUUACCCACGCUCUGUGCUGGGCUCUGAUAGAGGAUCUCUGUCCCACUCAGAGUGCAGUAGUCCCAGUCUCAUCACGCCACCUCUGUCCCCACUCAACCUGGAGACGUCCUCGUUUGCCUCCAGCCAGUCACAGAACUCCAUCUCCACGCUGCCCCGCAUCUCUGUCAGCCCCGUGCCCACGGGAGAGCGCCGGAAAGACAGAUCUCUGUACCGUAACAGAUCGUUUCUGAGAAUCCCUCUGGCUGCUAGGCCUAGGUUCUCCUCUCUCAGAAGCCUGAGGCCAUACCUGGAAGAGCCGCGGAAUGUCAUUGUGCACAAAGGGGCCGAACCUCUUGGCAUCUCCAUCGUCUGUGGCGAGAAUGGAGGGAUCUUUGUGUCUAAGGUGACAGGAGGCAGCAUUGCUCACCAGGCAGGCCUGGAGUAUGGGGACCAGCUGCUGGAGUAUAAUGGGAUAAACCUGCGUAAUGCCACCGAGCAACAGGCACGUCUUAUCAUUGGCCAGCAGUGUGACACAAUCACCAUCAUGGCCCAGUACAACCCCCACAUGUAUCAGCUUGGAAAUCACUCCCGCUCGAGUUCUCGUUUGGAACCAGCAAGCACCCAGUCCACUCCUCAGGGCAGUGGUGCUACCACCCCAGAUAACCACUCCACCAUCGACACCCUCAGUGAGCAGGAUGAAGGCACCCUCACUCCGUCAUCAAAACAGACUACACCUACCACAAGCCCUCAUAGCUUCAUCAGGAUGUCAUCAGACUGCUCUAAGAAGAUUCCAGAACCUCGUGUGGUAUCCGUGAGGAAGACUCAGGUAGAGCUUGGUGUUCAGAUCUGUGGAGGGAAUCUGCGAGGAAUCUUUGUGGAGAGGCUGGAGGAGGACAGUCCUGCCAGGGGGGCAGAUGGCCUCAUGCCUGGAGACUUGAUCCUGGAGUAUAACUCGGUGGCUAUGAAGAAUAAGACUGCAGAAGAGGCUUACCUGGAAAUGCUCAAGCCAGCAGAAAUGGUCACAUUUAAAGUCCAGCCUCGUGUGGAUGACUUCAACCAGCUGAAGGAUACUGCUUGUGAUGGAUUCUAUAUCAGAGCACUUUAUGACAGAGUGGCUGAGACUGAGUUGGAUCUCUCCUUUAAGAAGGAUGACAUUCUCUAUGUGGACGACACACUACCGAAGGGCAACUUCGGCACCUGGUUGGCUUGGCAACUCGAUGAAAAUGCACAAAAGAUGCAAAGGGGGCAAAUUCCAAGUAAAUACAUGAUGGAUCAGGAGUUCUAUCGCAGACAUAGCAUGACAGAGCUGAAGGAUGAGUCUGGCUCCAGUAAAACCCUCUCCGCAGCUGCGCGCAGGUCCUUCUUCCGCAGGAAACAGAAGCACAAACGCAGUAGCUCCAAAGAUGGCAAAGACUUGCUAGCCCUGGAUGCCAUCAGCACAGACUCCAUACCAUUUUUAGAGGACUGUGUGAGCCUAGCCUACCAAAGGGUGCAGAAAGUAGACUGCACCUCUCCCAGGCCAGUGCUAAUCCUGGGCCCACUUGUGGACCCUGUUAAAGACAUGCUGGUUAAAGAAUCUCCAGGGAAAUUCAGCAGAUGUGUACUUGAGGUGAUGAAGGCCUCUCAGCAAGCCAUUGAACGAGGGGUGAAGGACUGCCUCUUCAUUGACUACAAACGGAGGAGUGGCCACUUUGAUGUGACAACAGUUGCUUCCAUCAAGGAGAUCACAGACAAGGACUGUCACUGUUUGCUUGACAUUGCACCUCACGCCAUCGAACGGCUUCACAGCGUUCACAUUUACCCAAUCGUCAUUUUCAUUCGCUACAAAAAUGCAAAGCAAAUAAAAGAGCUGAAAGAUCCGGUAUAUCUGCGGGAUAAAGUCUCUCAAAAACAUUCCAAGGAGCAAUUUGAGGUUGCACAGAAGAUAGAGCAGGAAUAUAGCAAAUUCUUUACAGGUAUUGUCCAAGGAGGCACGUUGCCCUACAUUUGCACUCAGAUCGUGACUAUAGUGGAUCAAGAGCAGAGCAAAGUCCUGUGGACUCCGCUGGGCUCUCCCUAGGUGGCUGAGCGUGUGCUCUCUGCUUACUGCCUCUCACACCUGAGCUUACACUAUGCUUUACACUCACACUAUACACAAAGGUACACUACAGUGAGCAUCGCGGAUAUAUAGUGCUCCUCCGUUUUUCUUUCAUGAUUAAUUUUCUGGUUAAUUGUAACAUUUUAUGUUUAAUUGUAACAGAGCCUCUUAUUUGUGAGUGUGUGUGUGUGUGAGUGUGUGUGUGUGUGUGCGUGUGUGUGUGUGUGCGUGCACGUGUGCCUGUGUCCGUGUGUGCAGAUGCAGGAUUAUAGCACUGAAGUUUUCAUUGUUUUCCUUUGGUCUUCCUGACAGACAUCUAAUGAUUAGUAAUGCUGCAUCUAAGACACUUGUUUACAGAAGAAUCAGUCCGUGAUUUGUUAUUUAAUGUCUGCUUGAAUGUGUACUGUCCCCUUAUCUUAAUGAAGUCAUACCUUGUCCACAACCCCCCCUUCCCCAACCCCCUCUCCCACCCAGCCUAAAACCAGCCCUGUAUUUCAACCCACUUUUACCAAAAUGGCAUGUGUAUCUCUGUCAUGUUUUACACGUCACUUCAAGGACUGAAAACUCAUUGUGGGUGAAGAGUAACUUGUUGUAAGAUUGUUUGUUUAAAUGUAAUAAUGACUGUUGGUUUGCAUCAUAGUGCUUAUAUUUUGGGUUGAGUUGAACAGCAACUAAGCGGAUUUUUACGGGCCAAAUGGAAGUGCCUUUGGAGAUCUACUGAGCGUAUGACAAUGGCAUGUUAUUGAGGUGAAAGGCUGAUGUUUGAAACUCCUCAGAUUGCACUCCAGGGCUAGACAGACCACUGUGUUAUCAUUCUCAUAGAGGAGAAUAUAUAUUUAAAGAGAACAUGAAAUCUAACACACUUGUACUCAUGCAUACAAUACUGAAGUACAGGCACUCUAAACCUGUACGUAUGCAAACUCAUCAAAAUAUAUAGAUCUAUAUCUACAAAUAUAAAUAUAUUAAAUGUAUUUUGACUAGGCUAUCAGUCUAGGAGAGUACAGCAGGUGUUCAGUCAGGUCUUAGCAGAUAUAAGCAUGUUCUUUUUUUUUUUUGUAUUUCUCGUCUUUUUCUCUGUUCAUUAGUCACUUUUAUAUGUACCCACUGCAAAACAUCAUGGAAGGAAGAGAUGCAGGGUAAAUAUAAUUAGGUCUCUUAGGCUAAAACUGUUGAAAUGUUAGUCAUUUUACAUGUGUAUUUAAUUCUUUUUUAUUCAGCAGGCACAGUCAUGUCCUACAUUCAGACCAGUAGUCCCACCAGUUUUUGUGCCAAAAUUCAAUGUCAGUUUCUUUUAUUUCUGUUUUGCACUUGCAACGUUAUGGACCCUAAACAAUAGCUGUUCUUAGGUUUCCAGUAGAGGUUGAAAAUAGGUACUAUACUUAUUACUUUAAGAUUAAUUUUCUUUUAAGUGUAUCACUCAUGUUCUGUACAUUUCAUUAAUUGCCUCUUCUUAAAUGAGUAAAAAAGAAACAUUGCAUUAUUUACAUUCUCGUUUAAAAAGGGAUUUCGUAUUGCACAAUUUUCUCAAAGGAAAAUCAGUCCUUAUGUUGACUAUUGGGUUGAAAUUAGGCAUUUUGUUUUGAGUGAAUUCCACAUCUAACUGUUUUCUGAAUAGAUAACAAAGAUCAAAAUGAGAGGGAUUCAACGCAACAUGCUUGUUGUUUUAGGAGCAAUGACUAGAAGGCAGGUACUGUCACAAUUGGGAUUUUCAAUAUUAAAAAAGAAUGUGAUUUGUAUGAGCUGUUAAACACAUUAACAUGAGAAUAAAAGUCAUUUUCUGUAUCACACUA